CCUGUCAUGAGAUUUCUACUAGGUUGAUAAAAAGAAGAGAGCGGCCGUGUGCUUGGCUUUCUCUCUCUGAACCUAACUCCCAUCCAUGGAGAUUAGCAGCGAGGAGAGGGUGGAGCUCUCCAUCGUGGUGACCCACCCCGACAAUGGCGACGCCGGCGUGGAGGAGGAUCAUCUAUGGCCGACCAAAGACGGCCCUCUUCCUAUAUUCCUCAAGUUUGAGAAUGUGGAGUACAAGGUGAAGCUGAGUCCCAAAAACCCCCUGACGGCUGCAAAGGUGGCCUUCUCAUCCCACAUGAGGGAGGACAAUGGCCGCAGCAGCUGCAAACAUAUCCUCAAGGGCAUAGGCGGCAGCGUCGACCCCGGCGAGAUUCUGGCGCUGAUGGGCCCGUCCGGCAGCGGCAAGACCACCCUGCUCAAGAUACUGGGAGGCAGGCUGGGAGGCGCCGUCAAGGGUCAGAUCACCUACAACGACACCCCCUACAGCCCCUGCCUCAAGCGGAGGAUGGGAUUUGUGACGCAGGACGACGUGCUGUUCCCUCAGCUGACGGUGGAGGAGACGCUGGUGUUCGCCGCCUUCCUGAGGCUGCCGGCGCGCAUGUCCAAGCAGCAGAAGCGCGACCGGGUGGACGCCAUCAUCGCGGAGCUGAACCUGGAGAGGUGCCGGCACACCAAGAUCGGCGGCGCGUUCGUGCGCGGGGUGUCGGGCGGCGAGAGGAAGCGGACGAGCAUCGGGUACGAGAUCCUGGUGGACCCGUCGCUGCUGCUGCUGGACGAGCCCACGUCGGGGCUGGACUCCACGUCGGCCAGCAAGCUCAUCGUCAUCCUGCAGCGGCUGGCCAAGUCGACGCGGCGGACCAUCAUCACCACCAUCCACCAGCCGUCCAGCCGGAUGUUCCACAUGUUCGACAAGCUGCUGCUCAUCUCCGAGGGCCACGCCAUCUACCACGGCAAGGCCAGGGACUGCAUGCACCACUUCUCCUCGCUGGGGUUCACGCCGGAGAUCCCCAUGAACCCGGCCGAGUUCCUGCUGGACCUGGCCACGGGCAACCUCGAGGACAUCAGCGUCCCGGGGCUGCUCCGGGACGGCUCGCCGGCGCCGCAGGAGUUCAGGUCCCGCGUCGUCGCGUACCUCCAGGCCAAGUACAGGGACCACGCCGGCGGCGCCGAGGAGGACCAGGCGAAGCAGCUGGCGAGGAGGCCCGGGGAGCAGCUGAGGCUGGCCAUCCGGAUGCGCAAGGACCGGAGCAUCAACUGGUUCCAGCAGUUCGUGGUGCUGUCGCGUCGCACGUUCCGGGAGCGCGCCGCCGACUACCUGGACAAGAUGCGGCUGGCGCAGGCCGUGGGCGUGGCGCUCCUGCUCGGCCUCCUGUGGUGGAAGUCGCAGACGGGCAACGAGGCGCAGCUGAGGGACCAGGUCGGGCUCAUCUUCUACAUCUGCAUCUUCUGGACCUCGUCGUCGCUCUUCGGCUCCGUCUACGUCUUCCCCUUCGAGAAGCUGUACCUGGUCAAGGAGCGCAAGGCCGACAUGUACCGCCUCAGCGCCUACUACGCCAGCAGCACCCUCUGCGACGCCGUGCCGCACGUCGUCUACCCGGUCCUCUUCAUGGCCAUCCUCUACUUCAUGGCCGACCUCCGCCGCACCGUCCCCUGCUUCUGCCUCACCCUCCUCGCCACCCUCCUCAUCGUCUUCACCAGCCAGGGGACGGGGGAGCUGCUGGGGGCGGCGAUCCUGAGCGUGAAGAGGGCGGGGGUGAUGGCGUCGCUGGUGCUGAUGCUGUUCCUGCUCACUGGAGGGUACUACGUGCAGCACAUACCCAAGUUCAUACGGUGGCUGAGGUACGUCUCCUUCAUGCACUACGGCUUCAACCUGCUGCUCAAGGCGCAGUACCACGGCCACCUCACCUACAACUGCGGGAGCCGGACCGGGUGCCAGCGGCUGCAGUCGUCGCCGUCGUUCGACACCGUCGACCUCGAUGGCGGCAUGCGCGAGGUCUGGAUCCUGCUCGCCAUGGCCGUCGCGUACCGCCUCCUCGCCUACUUCUGCCUCCUCAAGAGGAUAACCCUCACGCCCUUGUGAAAAGAGGGAGUUUGGCACGUCGUGCUUUGCUAGAUAGGUCUUCCGAAUUAUCCUUUGUCACAUGUCAUGCAUGUUUAUUAAUGGGUACAAGCCUACAAGGCAAGAACUGGGAGCAAUGUGCAUGGGUUUUCUUCUUGUUUGUUUCCUUAAUUUUCCUUGCUUGGAGGUAAUGAGGCCUUGCUGAAGGCGGUGGGCCAAGCUGUCCCAACGUAUGCGAUGAUUGUAUUUAAAUUCCCAAAGGAACAGAGCAAUGUGCAUGGAUUUUCUUCU